AUGGCAUCCGCAGCCGUCCAACCUCCAACCACCCACGAGCCUCUGGUCCAGACCACGACUACACUCCCCGCUACCAACGCACCCCACCAUGUCCAAACGACCCUUAACUUCCUCAAGGAGAACGAGGAUGGCUCUCCUCCGGUGCCAAGCUACGCGGGCAGACCAGACACCUACUAUCGACCCUCGGUAACACUGCCCGUGACCGUCCACGACGUAAGCGGCCAUGAGUCGGAGUAUACGUUGGACAAGAACGGCCUCCAGUUCUACUAUCACGAGAGCAAGGAGAAGGACUUCAUCGAUGACGAUAUCAUCAGCGGGAUUACUACCUCGAGACCGAGCAGCUGCUCAAAGACGCGUAACACUGGUGCGUCCCGCAUCGUCAUCAUCGGCCACAUCAUCCGCCGCCAUGCACAAGACGCUGUUACGCCGGCAGGAUACCAGAACGCCCCCGUCCGGAGCGUGCACAUCGACCAGUCGUACGCCGUGAUCAAAGGGCGCGUCAGCCACUACUUCCCCGAGGAUGCCCCCGAGCUUCUCAAGGGCCGAUACCAGAUCAUCAACGUCUGGCGGCCCAUCAAGACCAUCCUCAAGGAUCCCCUCGCCGUCGCCGACUCGCUCUCCUUCCCGGACGACGACCUCGUCCCGACCAAGCUUGUGUACCUGCACCGCGUCGGGGAGACAUACUCGGUCAAGCCGAACCCGGGGAUCAAGUGGUACUUCCGGUACGCACAGCCGCCGGAGCUGGUGACGCUGUUCAAGUGUUAUGAUUCCAAGACGGAUGGGCGGGCACGACGGGUGCCGCAUUCUUCGUUUGUGGAUCCGGCGACGGAGGGCGAGAAGGUGAGGGAGAGUAUUGAGACUCGGGCGCUGGUGUUCCAUCCGGAGGAUCGUGAGUAG